CUGGGUGGCACUGAAAGCUGCAGUUCAUUGAGCGAAACGGAAAGAGAAAAGGGAGUAAGCAGAGCUGUCACAUAGCGCCUUGUAUUUUGAGUUGGAUUGUUGCGGUCUGGGAGCAAAAGCAAGACGGGACGAGUGCGCGAAAGAAAGGCAGAUUUAUCCAGACGACAUGGCGGACGCUAGCGAGGUUUUGAUGUCGGUGUUGUCUACUAUCCGGGUGCCGAGGCCCGGAGACCGCGUUCAUAAAGACGAGUGCGCGCUGUCAUUCGCGUCUCCGGAGAGCGAUGGAGGUCUGUACGUCUGUAUGAACUCCUUCCUUGGCUUUGGGAGUCGCUUUGUGGAGCGGCAUCACGCGCGCUCCGGCCAGAGAGCUUACCUGCACAUCAAGCGCACGCGCAAGCCGCACACCCAGAACGAGGAUGACGGCAGUACUGGGUCAGGAGAUCCUCCUAAAAAGAAACCCACUCGCCUGGCCAUAGGGAUUGAGGGAGGAUUCGACGUGGAGCAGGAGCAGUAUGAGGAAGAAGUCAAGGUUGUCCUUUUCCCAGACAGACAGGAAGUCACCUCAGAGGACCUGGCCACUAUGCCAGAUGUAGUGAGAGAGCGAGUGUCACUGUCGAUGGCGGGGUUGCUCGCUGCAGACUCGGUAUCACAAGCUCUGCAGGUAGAGCAGUGGGACGGAGAAGUGAGGCAGGAGUCCAAACAUGCAGCUGAACUUAAGCAACUCGACAAUGGAGUAAAAAUUCCUCCUAGCGGGUGGAAGUGUGAGGUGUGUGACCUGCAGGAGAACCUGUGGCUGAACUUGACAGAUGGUAAAGUGCUGUGUGGGCGUAGAAACUUUGACGGGUCAGGUGGAAAUAACCACGCUUUUCAGCACUUCCAGGAGACCGGCUACCCACUGGCUGUCAAACUGGGCACCAUCACCCCUGACGGAGCUGAUGUUUACUCAUAUGAUGAGGAUGACAUGGUUUUGGACUCAAAACUGGCAGAGCAUCUGAGUCACUUUGGUAUCGAUAUGAUGACCAUGGAGAAGACAGAACGCACUAUGACUGAAUUGGAGAUUGCAGCGAACCAGCGUGUGGGAGAGUGGGAAGUGAUCCAGGAGUCCGGCACCACACUGAGGCCUCUCUGGGGCUCUGGGCUCACGGGUAUGAAGAACCUGGGCAACAGUUGCUACCUCAACUCAGUCAUGCAAGUGCUCUUCACCAUCCCUGACUUCCAGGAAAAGUAUGUGUCCAACAUUGACAAGAUCCUGGACGAAGCCUCAGGUGAUCCCAGUCAAGACUUUAAAACACAAGUAGCAAAACUGGGCUAUGGUUUGCUCUCGGGAGAAUACUCUAAACCCGCUCCAGACCCAGGCGAUGACCCCAGCGCGUCCUCUGAACCCAGGGGAGAUCAGGUUGGCAUUGCGCCACGCAUGUUCAAAGCACUCGUCGGACGAGGCCACCCUGAAUUUUCCACAAAUCGGCAACAAGACGCUCAGGAGUUUUUUCUUUACUUCAUAAACAUGGUGGAGAGGAACUGUCGGUCAGGGCCAAACCCAUCUGAAGCAUUCCGCUUCCUGGUGGAGGAAAGGAUCGUAUGCCAGCAGUCUCAGAAGGCCAAAUAUACCCAAAGAGUAGACUACAUAGUUCAGCUCCCUGUGCCUAUGGACCAGGCCACCAACACAGAGGAGUUACAGGAGGCCGAGCAUCUGCGGGAGGAGGCAGAGGCAUCUGGAAACCCCCCUCCUGCUGCUCCUCGUGCUCAAAUCCCAUUCUCAGCAUGCAUGAAUGCUCUUAGUGAGCCAGAGACACUCACUGACUUCUGGAGCUCUGCGGUGCAGGGCAAGACCUCUGCCACCAAGACCACACGCUUUGCUUCAUUCCCUGACUACCUUGUCAUCCAAAUCAAGAAAUUUACUUUCGGCCUGGACUGGGUCCCUAAAAAACUGGAUGUUAGCAUCGACGUUCCUGAUACACUGGAUCUGAGCGAGCUCCGGGGAACUGGACCGCAGCCUGGGGAGGAGCUUCUUCCAGAGGUGGCCCCGCCCCCUCUCAUGACCCCUGACGUGGAGGUCAAAGCUCCAGUGUUGGAUGAGUCCACGGUGUCUCAGCUGUGUGAGAUGGGCUUUCCUCUGGAAGCCUGCAAGAAGGCUGUGUAUUAUACCGGGAACACGGGCAUCGAUGCCGCCAUGAACUGGGUAAUGGGGCAUAUGGACGAUGCAGAUUUUGCCGCUCCGUUGGUGUUGCCUGGCUCUAGUUCUGCUCUUGGAUCCACACCCACCGAAAGCCUGUCAGAGGAGCACCUGGCAACCAUCGUCUCCAUGGGAUUUAGCCGGGAUCAAGCCUCACGUGCUCUCAAAGCUACGAGUAAUGUUCUCGAACGAGCAGUGGACUGGAUCUUCUCUCACCUGGAUGAUCUGGAGUCUAUGGAAGUGUCUGAAGGUGGACGCUCAGAGGGCGCCAGCGAAGCCAGUCGAGACGCGCCACCAGGACCCCGCGUUCGCGACGGACCAGGAAAGUACGAGCUGUUUGCUUUCAUCAGUCACAUGGGCACGAGCACAAUGUGUGGUCACUAUGUCUGCCACAUCAAAAAGGACCAACAAUGGGUGAUCUUUAAUGAUCAGAAAGUCUGCGCCUCUGAGAAACCACCAAAAGACCUGGGCUACCUGUACUUUUACAGGAGAGUGGCGGAAUAGAAGACUACAUCAUACACACACACACGUUGUCUUAGCUGCUGAGGGAUGCAGGGGGGCAUACUAAAGCUUCUGAACUGACAGGUUUUUUUUUUUUGUUUGAGCAAUUCGAGCACUUCUUCUGCUGAUACUGCCCACAGCCAGCCAGGGGAGGGUCAUGCUGGAGUGAGCAGUGCUGCAGGACUUCUAAUGACACAAGUCAACUCCUACAAAACAUUCUCUCUCUCUCUCUCUCUCUCUCUCUCUCUCUGUCUCUCUCUGUCUCUCUCUGUCUCUCUCUCUCUCUCUCUCUCUCUCUCUCUCUCUCUCUCUCUCUCUCUCCUUCCCCCUCUCUCCUCUGGUUCUGUAAUGGUUAUCCACGGUUACACAUGUUGUUGCUUCUAGAGCCUGGCAUGGCUCUUCUCCCAUGGGUUCCAAAAACAAGGUUUCUUCAGAGCAUGGAGAUCACUACAUGACAAUGAAAUAAAAGGUACACACUGAAGAUGACUUGCAUAAAAAAGAAACAAGAUCAAGCUGGUUGUGCUGUCAUGUGUUGCCAGGCUGAUAGCUGAAGGGGUUUUUCUCCAUUUUUGGGGAAAUGAAAAUUUUGUUCUUUCCGCUUUGAAAAAAAUAAUUAAAUAAAAGAUGUGUCUCUUUUGCCAA